AUGGUACCAGCUGUAGCAGUUAUUUUGCCACAAAUAGAAGAGGCGCAUGCUCCACAAAUUCAGACAAUAACCACUCCAGCGAUUGAGGAAGAGGACGCAGACAAAGGUAUGGGAAUCACGGAUACUCAGAUUGAACUUUUUCCCGAAAGCGGAAUCGUUGCAAUUAUAGGUUUUUUGUGCAUUGCUUGGAUAAUCCUGCUGCUUAUUUCAAGUUCGGCAGUGCACCAGGUUCCGAACACAUCCCGAGACUUGACAACGGGGAGUUCGUACGCGACAGAGCCUUCAAAGUCGACGGGCUCGCCUGAAGGCAUAUAUUAUUGCGAAAGUGAGCAAUGCCUUCGAGAGGGCAGCUACUUGAACUCUCUGCUGGACGAGGUGCGAUCACCCUGCGACGACUUUUACGAGCACGUGUGCGGACACUGGCCAAACUCAGACAACGACCGGAAAGGCGAAAUUGGCUGGGCAGUAACUUCGAACACGUUGCUGCAGGAAGCGUUGGAAGCCUCUCUCGUGAAGGCGCUAGAAGAUCCCAUGAGCAGACUCACGGUUGGCCCGGCAGUAGACUUGUUCAGGACCUGCAUGAACCGACCCUCUGUGCAUGGCUCUGCCAACGCGUACGCCAGGAAUCUCUUCGCUAAUUGGAUAAUCAAGGAAUGGCCCAUGCCGACGUACCGCAUUGAUGUGAACCACGAGCAAGUCUGGCGGUUUGCGGGUCAGUUGGUUCGGGACCUUGGCGCUGGCAUCCUGGCUAGCGUAUCAGUGGCCGUCGACCCAGUUAACGACCUGAGGAGCGUGGUUUGUUUGGACAAUCCUAUGCCUCUGUAUUUUCUCAGCGAUUCUAUAAAGCACAACCCUAUUUCCCAUUUUAGAGCGACACUUCUCCAGGUUGCGAUAGAAUUCAUACCCCACGGAACUGUCGCUGACAGACAACUGUUUUCCGACGAGGUGUUUUCCGCCUUGGAGCGUUUGGACAAGAUUUCAUUUGAAAGUGCGCUUUCCGCAAAGAAGACGAAGGUGGUCUCCAUUGAUACUUUGGACAUUGGAAUUUGGCAACUGCUGGCUACGGUAUACCAAGGCAACCCAAACGUUACCCGGACAGUCCGGGUGCUGCUUCUUAAACCCAAGUUCGUCGAGGACGAUCUUCCAGCAGCAGUCCAUGAUAUCAUUCCUCGUAAUCUGAUGAACUACCUGGGCUUCAGGGCGCUAAUCUUAAUGGCACCAUUUAUGCCAGUCUCGCUUCGGGGCCUACAGAGGCUCUUCCUGCUUGAGUCUUCCGACCGAAUGGAGGUGCCUACAGCUCCCAAGCUAUGCCUGCGCGCCGUUGAACGGGCCGCCCCAGCCUGCCUGCUCAAGGCACUGGUGCUGCCUCUUCAGCGUUCGGGUGUCUCCCUGUGGCAUCGUCACUACCUAUCCCAGCUGGGGGCGGCUUUCCGGCGAAGUGUUCCCCGGGCGGCGUGGUUGGACCAACCCAGCAUCUUCAUGAUCACUUACCGACUGAAGCACACUCGCGUCGACGCUUUUUAUCCAAUCGACCUCCUCCUAGGGAAUACCUCCUGUGCAACAGGUUACCAAAGCGCUGCGGGGUUACAAGCUGGACUCCUCUACUUUCAUCUCUUGCAGAUGCGACAGCAGGAGGUCCUACAGGAGCUUCCGGGAGCACUGGGAUACAGGCUCGCGCCGGCGCUCGACACGGAGCCCAUCUUCAGUGUCCCUGAACAGGUCGUGCGCGUACCCGUGGGACUGAUCAACGCGACGGUAUCAGCGAACACUACGCUUUUCGCCUUUCACUUAGCACGUGUGGCCGUGCGCCUUUUCGCGGCAAUGACACCCUUGCUGUACGAGAGCAGCAUUUACGAGCGGGAAAUCGCCUUUCAGUUUACGGAUGACUCCGAGCGGCAGCUAGAGGACCUGAUCAACUGUCUUCUGGCCGACUUGCGUCGGCUUCAGAAAACUCUUCGACGGCCUAACAUGGGUUUAAUUCCUGGGUUGUCCGAACCCACCCUGCUAGGCCGUUGGCUCCUCCAGCAAGCCGGUGCUGUGAAGCAGGCCUUCAACGCCUUCCGCGAGCUUCUACACGUGAGCCGCAUCUGGAAGGUUGAUUUCCGGUACGGGAACCUGCGGCAGUUGUCAGCCUCCCAAUUGUUUUUCGUGUACUAUGCGCUCGAUCAGUGCGAACACAGUGAUGCUGCUUUCCAGAGGCGCCAGUUUAACUUGAGGGGGCAACCUUCAGCCGCGACGCGCGUGAAUCUGCCCUUGCGGCACGUCCCGGAAUUCGCCGAGGCCUUCGGCUGCGUCUACGGGGACAACCUCAGGGCCGAGGCCGCCUGUCAUUUUCGAAGCCGCUGA